ACAAGGGGCGGGGUUAUGAGGCAGAGGCGGGGCUUAGGAAGCGGGGUUUAAAGGCAUGAGCCCCCGGUCCCUCAGUCCGACCCCCCGACCCCCACAUCCAGCCGCUCAUCCCAGCGCGUCCAUCCAGGCACAGGGUCCCAGGCGGCCGGGGGCAAAGUCGGGGGCUCACGGGGCGGGGCCGCUGCCCGGGGACCCCGGCGGCCGGGACCCACCAGGGGCCGCUAAAACACUUGGAGACUGGGGCCCGGACGCCUGGGUCCCCUCCUUUCCCCUGACUACAUUUCCCAGCGGCGUCAGCGCCGCCACGCCCCCUCCCCGCAGCGUCGCCUUUGACCACGCCCCCCCCAUAGCUCCUCCCCUUCCCCGCCCCCUCCUCGUUACCCCGCCCCUUCCCGUGGUGCCGCGCGGCCCCGCCGUUCCCGUGGUGCUCGGCGCCGCCAUGUUCCUGCAGUGCUACACGGAUGAGCGCGGGGAGCGCGUCUACACCCUCAAGAAGGUGUCCCCGGCGGGGCAGCCCACCCGCUCGGCGCACCCGGCCCGCUUCUCCCCCGACGACAAGUACUCGCGGCACCGCCUGGCCCUGAAGCGGCGGUUCGGCGUCCUGCCCACGCAGCAGCCGCGGCCGCUCCUCUGAGGGACGCGCCCGUGUCCCCCCCACCGGAACCGCGCGUGGAAUAAAAACCGAUUGAAACGGAAA